UUCGUGUGAUUUUCUUUUUCGCUCAUUGUUCCAUACAUUCUUUGUGAGUCGUCUCCUAAAGAGCUCAGUGUACAUAAACCAUGGGCAUUGGCCUUUUCUUUUAUUUCAGUUACUUUUCUCUACUGUUUGUUUGUUACGUGUAACCCAGGCUACCCUCCAACUUGUCUUAGAGCCAAAAUGGCUUCCAACUGUGAUCUCCCUGCCUCUACCUCCUGAGGGUUGGGAUUACAGCCAUAUACCACCAAGCCACCGUCAGCAGUGCUGGGAUCGAACCUAGGAUCUCAUGAGGCUAGGCAAGCGUUCUGCUGACUGAACUACGUGCCCAGGACCACUUUAACUGCUUUAAAAGAUUGUCUAUGUGUGGGUGCUUUGCCUGCAUAAAUGUCUGUGCGCCACAUGGGUUUCAGUGCCCGUGGAGGCCAUAAAAGGGCAUUAGACGCACCCUAGAACUAGACUUAUAGAUGGUUGUUAACAUGUGGGUUCAGGGGAUUGAAUCUGGGCCCUCUAGAAGAAUAGCUAGUUUUCUUUACCACUGAGUCUUCUCCCUAGCUCUCCUUUUAUUGUGUUAAAAGUAGAGAACAGGUGAGCACAGCCGCUCGUCCCGAACUCUGGAGGAUGAGGCAGGAUGGGACUUCAAGGCCAUUGUCAUCCACAUAGGGAAACCCCCAAGAAAGUGUAGCACCAAUUUUGCCAUCUCUGAUCGUGUUUACGUUCAGGGAUUAGCGGCAUGGAGCCUGCUUACAUCCUUAUGAAACAGACUGCUGCUUCAUGAUCUCUCAGCCGCUGCGUUUCUGAGUUUCACCAUCAGGUACUCAGCCCGGUCAAGUAUAUCUACUUUUGUCUAACUGUAACCUCUAACCUCUCUCCUUUCCCAUCUUAAACAUCCUGGUACUGUGUAUCUUCCUUUCCUAAAGGCACAUUCUCAACCUUCAGUUAGUUGUCUGUUUGUUUUUCGGCUUCCAUUAAUCACCCGUUCUAAGGACAUUCCGUGAUAACGUGGGGCCAGGAGCUGUUUUGGAUGCUGGGAUGCUAGAUGUGUUUGUCUCUCUCGUCGUUUCUUUGGUUUGUUUUUUCUUCACAGUUCUUGCAUCUUUAGCCUCUUUGCUCUCUGCUGGUUAAUCACUGCGUGAUAUCUUCAUCCCAUCUAAAACUUUAAUAUAUGCUGAAGUGGUCACUUCUGCCCCUCAGACACGAUAUGCCUCUAGUUUACCUCAGAUACCGCACUUCUGCUGUGUCCAUCUCAGGUUCAAGCUUCAAUGGAGGACAGUUAAUGAGCUCCAGGCCCGUUUUAGGCUGUAACCGCUCGCUCCCCUGCUUCAGUGUCUUCCUGUGAGCUUCCGGGACCUGAGAGGACACAGGAUGCUCUUUACUCCGCAGUCCAUUUGGUCAUGUUUUAGAACAUGUCUCCGCCUAAUGUCGGUUGUAUAGACCUCCCGGGAGGAUCUGAUGGUUCGGAAGAACUCACACCUUCACAGCUUUUUGGGCACCUUAUGGGCCUGUGUCCUCUGAGAUCAGAGUCCGGCUCAUGGUUCUGCAGUGACUUGUGGUGAACAUGGAAACCUGAAGUAAUCUGUAAGUGGUGUGAGCAGGAGGCAGUUUUCUGAUUCUUCGUAUGAUCCUUAGAUGUGCAGGGACACAGCCCUGUUUGGUAUUUCCGGCCUGUGUGAUUCUCACUGGUUAUAUUACUAUCGAUGUGUGUGUUUGAACAGUUUUCCAUAGUUCAGUAGCUUAGGUCUUUUCAGUGAAACAUUUGGGCAAAGAUUCUGCCCAAAUUCCUCAUCUGACUCUAAAAGGCUUUUACCUUUGGGUUGUCACUUCAUAUUUAAGAGAGGCUGGUGAAAAACCACUGUCCUGAGGGAGAGAAGACAAUGAGGCCACUGAGGAUUGGUCUAGCCCUCUGGAGAUGACUUUAGAGGUGCCUGAGGGUCAUAGAGGAUCAUACAUGGAACCUAGAGCACAGCUGGCAGAAGGUCAGAACUACAGUGGAGAAGAACAUUCCCAUCUACACGUCAGAGUACUGAGAUUCGAGAAUACUCGUAUUUCCCCAACUAUUACAGUGGACCAGAUCCAGAGGCCCCAAGUCAUUGUCAUCAGGUGAUCACAGUGACAUUAGAAUAGCACAGGUGCUUAGCCCUGAGUGAGGGAAAGGCUGCAGACAAAUGAAGGAAAGGCCAGUGGGACUCUCGCAGGCAGGAGAACAGCUCUCAGGAGCACUUGGGCAUCAGUGUGGUAGGACAGGACCGAUUCACUGAGGAGCUGCCCCGGAAGGGACAGAGCGAUCACGUCUCUCUCUUUCUAGCCUCGCAGUAUGAAUGCGCACCAGUGAAGCCCUUUUUCUGCAGAAUCUGUGGCGGUGGAGACAGGGAGCAGAAGAGACAUUACUCCCCAUUCCGGAUCCUCCCCUACUUGGUUCAUGUACACAGCCCUGCCCAGCCAGAGCCAGAGCCUUGCUGUCUAACACUGGUUGAAAAGAUUCACUCUGGUUAUGAAGGUAAGUCAGUAAGUACGCCCUGCUCUCUCUCAGCAAGAUGCAGAAUGCCACUGUUCAGACAGCAGUGUGGGGACAGCAGCUUCUGUGGUUCUGGGACAGAAGACUGCUUCAGUUUCCAAUUUGGGUCAUAAGCCCUGGAAGCACUUGUAGCUGGUGUUUGCUGACCUGUCUUCCGGUGCUGUUAUCACUGCCACAGUGUGGCCUCCUAGGCUGUGCCUCACACUCGGAUAGACACAUAGUCUUUGUCCCUUCUCUGUUGGUGACCUGUUCUAUGGCCUUUUAUCUGUCAUGUAUGAAAUAGUAGCACUAAAAUCAUUACAUGAAAAGGCCACAAGAACGGUCGAGUUUGCCAGGUAGCACAUGUUCUAGGGACUGAGGCAUGUGUGCCCUGCACUACUUAACAAGUUCAAGGCCGGCCUGGCCUGCAUAGUGACUACCUGUCUCAGCCAACCAUAACCAGAGGUAAAGCACAGUGGUGGAAUGCUUGUCUUGCUGUGUAACCACAAGGCCCUGGAUUGUUUGAUCCUCAGCAGUUGAUAGAGAGGGGAGAUGUCAUAUUAUAGAAAUGUUUGGAAACUUCCAGAAGUUUCAGUAUGCAUAUUUAAUAGACAGAAAUACAUUUAUAAAAGCAGCUUCCGUUUAAUAACUAAAAUCACAGUUGGUUCUUACGAUACCUGAUACAUGCUCUCUCCUACAAAUUAGCACCUUGUUCAAAAGUCACAGGAGAAACAGGGCCAUGGUGAAAGUUAGUUCAGAGGCACAAUGAUCAAAAAAAAAAAAAUUCAUUCCAUUUAAAAAAAAAAAAAAAAAGGACAAGGAGAUAAAUAGCUCCUCAGUUAAGAACUCCGACCAUAGGGGCUGGGGAUUUAGCUCAGUGGUAGAGCGCUUACCUAGGAAGCGCAAGGCCCUGGGUUCGGUCCCCAGCUCCGAAAAAAAGAACCAAAAAAAAAAAAAAAGAACUCCGACCACUUCCAGUGGACGUGGGUUCAGUUCUCAGCACCCACAUGGUAGCUCACAUCCGUCUGUAACUCUAGUCUAGGGUAGCUCCUAUGCACAUAACAAUACUUUUAAGGAGAAGAAAGAACCCUGAAGCCACAUGCCAAACCAUGGUUCUCAACCUGUGGGCCGUGACCCCUCUGAGGUUUAGCUGUGAGUUCAGGGGUUGCUUAUCAGACUUCCUGCAUAUCAGAUACUCACGUACUGUUCACAACAGUAUCAAAAUUAGUCAUGAAGUAGCAGUAAAAGUAACUCUAUGGUUGGGGUCAGCACAGCAUGAGGAACUGUAUUUACGGGUCUCAGAAUUGUGGUAUGUUAAACGAUAAGAGAAACCCCAGCACUACCAUAACCGACCUGGGAGGAAGCAAGGUAGCCGCAGACAGCUGAAAAGCGUGCGUGCCCCGUGACCCUGAGUACCUCCAAGCAGGGCUUUGACGCAUUCACUUAAGGUGUCUCGCAGCUGAAGUCAUGCUCAGGUAACUGAGGUAAGCCACGCUCUCGGAUUGUUGCCUGCAUUUCCCCUGCACGGUUAGAGCAGAGCUCACCUGACGUGGUUUCCCUCCCUCCAGCUCUAGCUGUUAGCAUUUAGGAUGAAGGCGCUGGCUGCUUAGGACGCAACAAACUUUCUGUAAUUAGAAUUAACCAUGAUGCGGUCAUUGUAUUCUGACCUCAUCUAAAUCAAGUUAGGGAUGAAACGGUUUGUUGUGCUGUUGCAUGGACUCCAGACCUGUCAGACCUCUGACUUGGAUUUCUGCCAUCUCAUGCAGGUUUUUUCUCCUUGUAUGUUAAGUAGCUGGUGGGGUAGAUGACUAAUUGGCCGUUUGACCCUUAAUCAAUCUUUUUUCCUUUUUCAAUAGCUCCUCGAAUCCCUGUAGAUAAAAGAGUUUUUACCACAACACACACGCCGGGAUGUGUGUUUCUUGAAGUAGAUGAAAGGUAAACACUUUUUCGAGCCUAAAAGAAAUUUGUUUCUGAAGACGAACCAAGGUACUAGAGGUCCGAGGUGUGCUUUGCGUGCUGUCGUGUAUCCUGUGACAGCCUGUUCCGUCACCUGCAUGGUUCCUGCUGGUCACAGUCCAGCUUAAAUUGAGCCCUCUUAAGUAAAUCUAUCUUCAAGUUAACGUUUGUUUGUUUAUGUGUGUGUUUGCCAUGCGCAUCUGGAGGUCAAGGGUCACCUUUCUGGCCUUGGGUCUCAGAUCCAGCAGGCUUGGUGGCAAGUAUUUUUACCUGUUAAGUCCUCUCACUGCCCCAGUUGGCUGAAUUUUAGUGCAAACACCUUGCAUAUUGUAUUUGUAAAAGCGAAUUCCAAGCUAUCUUACAUGAGCCACAGGUGGCAGGAGAAUCAUUGUUCUUAUUUUGCAUAAACCAAGGGCCAGUUCACCAAAAACAUCUGACCAUAUUCAACUUAGGACCAGGACUCAGUCUUUUUUGGGGGAGGGAGGGGUUAUUGAGAUGGUUUCUCUGUGUAGCCCUGCCUGGCCUCCAACUCAGAGAUCUGCCUGCCUCCGCCUCCCUAGUGCUGGGACUAAAGGCAUGCGCCACUGUGCCUGGCUAAGACUCAAAUCUCUUAGCAUUUACUUUAGUGGUGUUUCCAUGUGACAAAUGUUGUUUAAAUCAAUUCAUGCUAACUAUUGUAAUUAGUUGGAAAAGGAAAAAAGAGAACAUAAGUUUAGAAAAAAAAAAGGCUAGCUUUGUUUAAAGAAUUUUUCUCCAUUUUGAACUUAUGUUACCUUUCUUUUUUAGGGCAAUUUUAAAAUGAUUUUUGUUAUUUUUUAAACAUAGAACAGAUGGUACGUAUUGCUGUUUUUUCAGUAUUUUUUAGAAAAAAAAUAUUUAUGUGUCUGGCUGCUUUGUCAGAGCGUAUCGUAUAUCUGUGCCCCAUAUGGAGAACCUCUAAAGAGGCCAGAAGAGAGCCUCAGAUGACGGUCUCGAGCCACCACGUGGGUUCUGCAAACCUACCUCAGGUCCCCUGGGAGAGCUGGAGCACUCUCGACUGCCGAGCCAUUCUCCAGCUCUUGUUCUUCAGUAUUUUUGUCUGGAUAAAGCAAACAUUCCUACACAUUAGUGUAUGAGACACACACACACACACACACACACAUUUAUUUUAGAAUUCUAGUCUUGAAGUUGGAAAAUCUGAGAAAUCGAACUGAGCCAUGCAUUAGUGUAAAGGGAACCCAGACACUGUUAAUGGAGCCUGGUUUGUCUAAGUCACCCUUACAAGACUUCCUAACCCUGAGCACACUUCUGUGACUCCUUUUGAUACUGUGUACCACUUUUGACAUUACAAUGUAUCCGAUUAUUAAUGACGUUUAUGACGUUUUUUGUUCAUCAGCCUUUGUUACUGUCAUAAAGCACUAGAAUGGCCAACUUGUCAGGAGGAAGGAAAGGUUUAUUCACUACCCAGUUCAGUCCACAAUCACAUGGCUGGCUUAUUGCUUUAAGGCCUCUGUGGGAUAGGACAUGACUGUGGUGGUGGCAUAGCUCCCCACACAGACAGUGAAGGAAAUCUACUUCAUGGAACCAGGAAGCAGCAGGAAGUCAGCCUAACUGUAGGAACCACGGAGGAGGGCUGGCUCACUCCAUGACUUGCCCGCUGCCUUUUUGCUAGCCUUCUUACACAGCCUGGGGUGUCCAGGAAGUGACACUGCCCACUGUGGACUGGGUCUCUGACAUGUCCACAGACUAAUGUGAUGGUGACAUUAACACAGUUGAAACUUUCUUCAGGUGAUGAAGUUGACAGCUAAUGUCAACUCAGACAGGGCCCGAGGGGUUAUCCCAGUGACCUAACUUCUUCCCACCAGGCUUUGCCUCCUGAAGGUCUCGCCACCUCCUAGGAUUGUCAUGGGCCGGGGACCAGGCUUUCUGUGUACUAACUCUUGGGGGUAUUCAAGGCCCACCAGUGCUGCAUAAACUCAUACACAUGCACACAUUCAUACAACAACCCCUUCCUCACUAACACCUUCUGCAUUACCAUAUGACAACGUGGUGAAGAGCACACAUGCUGAGAGUAUCUGCGGGUGAUCUGGAGUUUCUGACUCCUGAGUUCACAGUGAGCCUGCAAGCCUGUUUUAGUGUACGAGGUGCUUUUGGUACAAUGUGGCAGAAGGCCAUGGACAUAGCUCGUGUUUGUUCCCCAUAAACAGGCACUUAGGGCUUUGCCUCAUUGGAUGCAUUAAGGGGCAUCUUUUCAUUAGUGUUCUUCCUGUGUAGAGCUGACAGAGAGGCUAGGGUUUGAUGGUGAUGUUUUGUUUUGCAGAGUGGGAGACAGAAUCCUUACAUAUGCUAAGCAUAGUCUACCACUGAGCCAUGUGGCCAGCCAGGGUAUGUGUUUCUAAGUAUGUAAAAACUGCUUAAUUACCUGCCCCAUAUAACACGCUUCCUGUGUGUGUGCCUGUGCCCCAGAGCAGUGCCUUUGCUGGGUUUCCUACCUCAGGAUCUGAUUGGAACGUCGAUCUUAACGUACUUGCACCCAGAAGAUCGGCCUCUGAUGGUUGCAGUACACCAAAAAGUUUUAAAGUACGUGGGCCACCCUCCAUUUGAACACUCACCCAUAAGAUUCUGCACGCAGAAUGGAGAUUAUGUCAUUCUGGAUUCCAGCUGGUCCAGCUUUGUGAACCCCUGGAGCCGGAAGGUCUCCUUCAUCAUUGGUCGACAUAAAGUCCGAACGAGCCCGUUAAAUGAAGAUGUUUUUGCCACCAGAAUAAAAAAGGCAACCAGUCAUGACGAAGACAUAACAGAAUUACAAGAACAAAUUCACAGACUUCUCUUGCAGCCGGUUCAUGCCAGUGCUUCCAGUGGCUACGGGAGCCUGGGCAGCAGUGGCUCGCAGGAGCAGCACAUCAGCGUCACCUCUUCCAGUGAGUCAAGCGGACACUGUGUGGAGGAAGCCCAGCAGGAGCAGAUGACCCUGCAGCAGGUCUAUGCCAGUGUAAACAAAAUUAAGAAUGUGGGCCAACAGCUCUACAUCGAGUCGAUGGCCAGAUCGUCGGUGAAGCCAGUGAUGGAGACGUGCACGGAACCGCAGGGUAGUGAUGAGCAGAAGGACUUUUCUUCCUCUCAGACACUGAAAAAUAAAAGCACAGAUACCGGCUCUGGAGGCGAUCUGCGGCCAGAGCAGCAUAGCUCGUCCUAUCAGCAGAUGAACUGCAUCGACAGUGUCAUCAGGUACCUGACAAGCUACAGUUUCCCAGCCUUGAAAAGAAAGUGCAUCUCCUGCACAAACACGUCUUCAUCCUCAGAGGAAGCCAAGCCAAACCCAGAGGCAGACGGCAGCCUGCGAGACACCGAACAGCUCCUGGACAUUCCAGAACAGGAAACAACCGCACCAUCCGCAGACGCCGAGGGAGGUGUUGCACGGACCCUGUCCACUGCCGCACUGAGCAUGGCGUCUGGCGUAAGCCAGUGCAGCUGCAGCAGCACCACGGACCACGUCCCCCCCCUACAGUCAGCAGAAAGUGUUGCCGGAGCGUGUGAGCCCUGGGCCCUGAGAACGAAGGCUCACGUGACCGCAGAAGGAUUCAAGCCCGUGGGGCUCACAGCGGCCGUCCUCUCCGCGCACACGCAGAAGGAAGAGCAGAACUAUGUUGACAGGUUCCGGGAGAAGAUCCUGACCUCGCCCUACGGCUGUUAUCUUCAGCAAGAAGGCAGGAACCAUGCCAAGUACGCCUGCGUCGUCGGAGCAGGGGCCACCCCUAAGCACAGCAGAUGUGCUGGAAGUGAGAGACGGAAGCACAAACGGAAGAAGCUGCCGACGCCUGUGGACAGCAGCAGCUCCAGUGCCCACCUCUGUCCCCAUGUCAGAGGACUCCUUCCAGAUGUGCAGCACUGGAGCGCUUCCGUUACCUCUCCCUGUGCUACAGGCCUAGCUCUCCCCUCAGCCCUGGUGGUUCCCAGCCAGACCCCGUAUCUCCUCUCCUCUUUUCCCCUUCAAGACAUGGCCCCUCAGGGAGUAGGGGACUCCGCAGCCUGGGGUGCUGCAGCCGAGUGUCCACCUCUGUCCGCUGGUCCCCAGCCUGUUUCCACGUUCCCUUCUGCUUACAUGGGUACUUUCAUGACCGUCCUCCUGCACAACAGCCCUCUCUUUCCUCUGUGGCCGGCAUCAUUCUCUCCAUAUCCAUUCCUGGGGGCCACAGGUCCUUCUCAAAUGGCACCCUUAGUACCAGCAAUGGCUCCAGACCUGGAACCAACCCCUUCAGACCACGGCCCAAGGAGAGUGGAGGAGAACUGGGAGACACACAGCGAAGAAGAGCAUCCGUUUAUUAGCUCACGGAGCAGUUCACCAUUGCAGUUAAAUUUACUCCAGGAAGAAAUGCCUGCACCAUCAGAGUAUGCAGAUGCAGUGAGAAGAGGCGCCUGCCCAGACGCUAAGCAACUCUGUGUUACAGGUAACAGUGGCAGUAGGAGCCCUCCCUGUGCCACAGGUGAGCUGGCCACAGCAUCAGUACAGCAAGAAUCUUCAUCCGCAGCUGCCUCAGGAAGCAGUGCCAGCAGUGUACACGGCAGUGGCAGUGACUACACUUCUGAAGUCUCUGAAAAUGGACAGAGGUCACAGGAUAGACAGAGAGACAGAGCCUUUUCCGGGGCGGCUGAAGAAUCUAUCUGGAGAAUGAUAGAACGGACGCCAGAGUGUGUUCUCAUGACAUACCAGGUGCCGGAGAGGGGUAGAGACACGGUGCUGAGGGAAGACCUGGAAAAACUUCACAGCAUGGAGCGGCAGCAGCCCCAGUUCUCUUCUGCGCAGAAGGAGGAGCUGGCCAAGGUGCGGUCCUGGAUCCACAGCCGCCCUGCCCCUGAGGAAAGACAGCUCCAAAGCUAUGUCACCUGUGAAAACAGAGGUUCAGUUGGUGACACUGCAGAGGCCUGUGAACAGUGUCCAGCAGAAGACACCAGUUGAGCAGCUGUGAAGAUGUCCCACCCUCUCCAGGUCAUGUGGAACACAGAGACGUGUGUUACCUCAUUACAGUCUCUGAAAUGGCAGUCAUCAACAUUAAGAUCUUCCCUGGCUUUGUUCUGGUUUGGUUUUGGUUUCAGUGGCGCUGGGGAUCAAACCCAGGGCCUCGCCUCGCCUCGCCUCCAGGCUGGCACUCCCCACUGCUGACCUGUAUCCCCAGCCCUCCCUUCUUGGUUUCCAACAGAUGACGUUUUCCCAAAGCAGGAUUUGUGUAGGUUCUUGUUCCUGCUAUUAAAACUGCCAACCAGAGCCUUCUGUAGAUCAGCCGUCACCUGAAGACAUUGGAUUGCAUCUGACGGCAUGAUUUCAGAAGCUACCCUGAGUUAAGUCACUGUUGGAGUGAGUCUCAUGCCUUAGUCUCCUUUGUUCUGUUCUGUUGUUACAAAAUCAUUUCCCCACUAGAAUACUUGAAGAACUUCUAUCUGUGGGUUGUGUGUUUCUCACGGUGUUUUCCGUGAACUUACCACAUUGAUGUAGGUUUUGUACAGCAUGGUGCUUCUCUUCCUGAUUGUAAGACAUUCCGGCUUUCCCACAACGUCAGAGCGCAUGGUUCUCUAGGAACUGUGGGGAUCGCAGUUUCUGUGUUUGACCCCAUUCUCGUCCACACACUUCCUAUGGCGGCUGCCUUUCAUAGGAGCUCUUUCCUUAAGAUCUGUCUGCUAGACAGCACAUACUCUUUGGACAACUGAAGUUAAGCCUUGCAUGUUAAAAAACGUCUUACUCAAACAGUAGUGUUUUUAAAGUUGUUUUGGUUAUAAAAUAAAUGUGAAAAGUUUUAAAUAUUACGUUAAUGUUAUCGUGGAGGUGUGUGUGUACCCAGGCUUACCAAAACAGACAGUUAACUUUUCCUUUUCACUGAAUUACACAAUGAGGUCCUCAUGCCACCCAACGGUCUGAUUGGCCCUGCCUUUUGUUUGCCCUUGAACGGCAAACAAAGUGUUUGGGGUCUGCAGCGUGAGAGACUACACUUAGGGAAGCUCGGAGACCCCAGCUCAUUGACAGCAGCGUCCCAUGAGUCUGUGUUCUCCAAGCAUUUUCGUCUCAGAAGUGAGUGCGAUUGUUUACGAGUUCGUCCACUCACUGUCCGGUGCUCUAGUUUAAAGAAGCCCCAGGUUCCUUCUUGAAUGCGGAAAGGCUAUGGAAUCCGCCCAUGCAGGUCAGGAAGGAACUGGCAGGGAGGAGGUUUACAGUGGCCUUUUCCUGCUUCACUUCCUGUAGUCUAACUUAUUUUUCUUUCUUUCUUUUUCCUUUUUUUUUUUUGUUAUUAUUGUUUUGUUUUAGGAAGACACUUUGUUUUCCUCAGACAAUUUAUAGCUGUUGAUAACUGUAUUGUCACUGUGGUCAGGAGACAUCGCAGAGGCCACUGUGCCCAGCGUUCCAAUCCUGUGGCUCAGACUUUUCUAAAAUAAUGCUUUUUCUGGACAGCAGUCCUAUCCGAAAGUAUCGGAAACAAUUUAAAAUGCUGCCUGUGACGUUUCUUGGAACUUUCUGGUGUUGAGCAGAUCCAGACACCUGUUCCUGCUGUGUGAAUAGAGACUUCACAAAGCCUACUCCAUCCAGUGGUUGUGGAGGCCUGGAUGGUCAGGUUGUUCUCCAGCGAAGGGUUAUGCUUGUUUGGAACUUCCAGAAUCCUCCUGCAUCUGUGUGCAUACAGCACAUCUGAAGGUUUCUGGUGAGAGACGCCCUUUCCUGUAGGUCCUGGAUCCCUGUUUUCUCUACAGUUCCUUAUUUCCUUGCCUUCGUCCACACUUUAUGAUAGAGUCUGUUAUGCCAGGCUUGAUUUGAAAAUGGUGCUGUAGUCAGGUCUGUAAAGCCCUCUACCAAAUCUCACCUUUGCUAGGAUGCCAUCAGUACACCCAGCAGUCCCUGCUGCUGAGGGCCGGUCCAGCAGAGGCUGCUACCCCCCAUGGGGGUCAUACCCAGUGGAAACUCAAGCUCACUGACUUUGUAUCAAUAACCAGAGAACUGGUAAGAAAAGCGUGCACUGUAGACUUGAAUGUCUACAUAAAUAUUUCCCCCAAAGCUUAAUUUUCUUGGGUCAGUGGUCAAAUUUUAUGAAAAGAUGUUGUAUAAAUGGACUAAAUGAGGUAUUAUAAUUCACAAGGUGGCACAUUUUAACGAGAUUGACAGUUUGUUCAUAAUUAAAUGUGAAUUUGCUCAUACGUAUGGAUAUUUAUCUUUUCAUUGGGUAUCUUUUUGAGUAAAAACAAUAAACAGUGUCUGUGUUCACGUGGA